ACAGUUUUUGAGACACAUUCAUUCUGGCAACGAAGACCAAGUGACACCACAACCACACUCAAAACCCAAACCCAAACCCAGAAAACCCUUCAACUUCCAUUCAACAUGUGCAAAACUUUCGUCGUUGCCGUUGCCGUUGCCUUUGUGGCCUUAGCCAUGUCUCAGGUGAAUGCUCGUCCGGAUGCUUAUGAUGCUGCUGCCGAGACCCGUGAAUUCAAGAGCGAUCUCAAAGAGGAUGGCAGCUAUAAUUAUCAGUAUCAGACCUCCAAUGGCAUUGCUGUCCAAGAAUCAGGAGUGGGCGGUCAUUAUGCGACUGGCUCAUCGGCCUACUACGCCCCGGACGGUCAGCUUAUUCAGUCCUCUUAUGUCGCAGAUGAAAAUGGCUACCGUCCAAGUGGUGCCCAUUUGCCCACUCCACCACCAAUUCCAGUUGCCAUACUGAAGGCUUUGGAAUACAUUCGCACACAUCCGCAUCAGGAGACACGACAGGGACAGGGACGUUUCUUCUAGACUGGCAGCAAAUCGGUCUCACAGAGAGUUAGAGAAGGAUUAAAUUUGCCAGAAAGUGAAAUGUUAUUCGAGUUUUACA